AUGGCUGUCCUGCUGCAGGCACUAGAAGAAGUCCCCCAGACUCAUGAGAACCAGGAACAGGACAUGGAGGGGUCAGCAGAGCCUAAGCGGGAUGACUGGAGCCAUUUCCGGGUCAGGCAGUUUCCUUACACUGAUACAGAGGCUCAAGGAGAGUCUUGCCAGGUGCUUUGUGAAGGGUGGUGGGUCCUGGACAACCAUUUCCUGAAUGCUCACCUGCCCACUUGUGCUGGGUACCUGCAUCUGCAUUGGUUGGUCACCUCCCAGCAGCCCUUCCAGGGGGCCUUCACUUCCCUCCACUCUGCUGCUCUGCUGGCUGAGCGCUGCGUUCUCUUAUCCAGUUCCUCCCUGGGUGUCCUCAAGUCCCCCUACCUCUCAGUCUGCUUGGUGAACUGCUACUCAUCCUUCAAGGCGCCUCUGGCAGCCACCAAUCUACUUUCCCUCUUUGUGGAUUUGCCUUCUCUGGUGUUGUGGUAUCAUAGGUUGGCGCUCACAGUGGCACUCACAGGCGCUGCCCACCGCCUGGCAGAGCCGUCAGGGGCCCUGGGAGGGCCCGAGGUAGCCCCUCACCUGAAAGCCAGGGGAGAGCCAGGCUUUCAGCAAGUGCCCCUAGAGGAUGCCCGGACCCUGCCCCUUCCAGGAGGAGCCCUACAGGCAGCCCGCAAACAGCCCAGCACAAGGUGGGUGAGCCUGGGAACAGUGUGUGCCCGGCGACCCCCGGGGUGGCCCGUGCGCCUGGAUCGGGUGCGUGGAGUGACUGAACGUCUGGGGCGAGUAGUGCCUGCCUCUGUGCCCCUGGGUCGCCUCCCCUGUGGGAUGUGUGUGACCGUGAAUGUGUGUGUCGGGGAUGGAAUGUGUGUGCGUCCGCGAUGGUGUGCGAAUGUGCAUCUGGGAUGCACUGUGCGCGAGUUUGAGGGCGAGGGUGACGGGCCACAAGCCAAUAUUCCUCUCGCUGGAGGCUCUCCGCCCGACGCAGCCUGGCUGAAAACGGUUCUAAGCGCCGCCGGUGGCGGGGACUCCGCGGACCUCCGUGCGCCGGUUCCCGCAGGGGGAGGGCAGUGGCGCCGGCCCGUGGAGAGACAAGUCCCCGGGGACCCCGGGCUGCGCUCCAGGAGGCCAGAGCGGCCCCCCUGCAGCCCCGCCCUCCCCGUGGGGCUCAUUCCUCCGCCUGGGGGGGGGCCCGCACCCAGCGCGUCAACCGCGUGCGCCCCCGCCUGGGAGCGGUGCCCUGAAGUCCCAGCGGCUCAGAGUCCACCGAAGCAGACGCGUGCGCCCGCCACAUCCUGGCGUGCAGAGGGUCUGAGGCCGCGAUCCCCUCAGCCCCCAGGGGCCUGGCCUGGCGCCCUCGGCCCAGCUGCCCAGCACCUACAGUUGACAAUCCAGGCCCUUCAAGAUGAGCUGCGAACCCAGAGAGACCUCAGCCACCUCCUCCAGCAAGACAGUGGCAACCGAGGAGUGGAGCACUUCACCAUCGAGCUGACCGAGGAGAACUUCAGGCGGCUCCAAGCUGAGCAUGACAGGCAGGCUAAGGAGCUGUUCCUUUUGAGGAAGACAUUAGAGGAAAUGGAGCUGAGAACUGAAACGCAGAAACAAACCCUCAAUGCCCGAGAUGAGUCAAUUAAAAAACUUCUUGAGAUGUUGCAAAGUAAAGGCUUGCCAUCCAAAAGCCUGGAGGAUGACAAUGAGCGAACAUGGCGGAUGGCAGAAGCUGAGUCUCAGGUCAGCCACUUGGAAGUGAUUUUAGACCAGAAAGAGAAGGAAAACAUACAUCUUAGAGAGAUUGUGUUGGACAUCAUUGGGCAUAUGUUGAGCAUCCAUAUGGAGGAUGCUGUGGGAGUAUCAGUGGCAAUUUUGUGGUCUUGUUCAGAGAUUCAGACAGAAAAUCCUCGAUACCUGAGGCCAAAGCCUGUGCCAGUUUCUCUGAUACGUGAGAAAUCCAUUGGACUUUUUCUAGGGAUGACAACACAAUUCAGUCCGAGAAAAUCGAGCAGUUUCCGUGAUGAUUGUUUGCUCUGUCGAAUACGUGAGAAAGAGUUGGACAUGAAAACAAAAAUGAUGGAAGCUAAAUUUCAUGUAGAAAAGCUUAAACUGCAAGAGAAACAUGAUGCUGAUGUUCAGAAGAUUUUAGAAAGAAAGAAUAAUGAAAUAGAAGAACUGAAAACUUUAUACAGGAGGAAACAACAUGAAACUGAAGAGACUAUUAGAAAGCUUGGAAAGAAAGCUUGGACACUGUUACGUGACUAUGAAGUUAUCAGCAAGACUAAAGAAGACCAGACUGCAGAGCUAAAAAAGAUGUGUAAACAAAGUAUGGAAUCUCUAAAUAAUAACUGGGAAAAAAAGGCAUCUAGUAUGAUUGAAGAAUUAGAGCAGAAUGUCUGUCAAUUAAAACAGCAGUUACAAGAAUCACAAAUUCAAACAAAGGAACAACUAAGGAUAAUUGAUAUACGACGAGAAUAUGAAACAAAAUGGAAAGGAUUGAUGCCAGCAUCCCUAAGACAAGAACUUGAAGACAUAAUUUCCUCCCUAAAAUCACAGGUUAAUUUUCUGCAAAAGAGACUUUCCAUCCUUCAAGAAAACUGACUACAUAUCAAGGCAGAAGGUAACUGCACGAGAGAAUGCAAUGGAUGCAAUUUCCAGGCUGCGCUGUGGACUUCUUCCAGCAGGUUUGAAGAUUUGGAUAUUGUAAACUGUGAGAUCAGUGGCAUUUUUUAAAUCCUUAAAUGUCAUUAAGAUCAUAAAAACAUGCAUCAUUCAUACACUAGUGGGGUGGUUUUAUUUGUGUCUGCCUAAGUUAUUUUUUUAACAUUCCUUUAUUUCCGAUUUUCAUGUUUGUGUGCAUUUGAGUAUGUGCUGAGAACUGCUUAUAUUGGGCAACGUGAUUUCCUAUGAUAUGCCUUGUUAAUCGUUUUGCAUAGAAUUUUACCAGUUGUGUACGAUCAAAAUCACAUUUGUAGUAUCAUAUCAAAAAUUCUAACCUGUUUACAUUGUUUUCAUUUUCAUGUUCAUAUAUUAUUAAAAUAUUAUUUUGUACUUA